GCUCGCAUGUCAGUACCAUUAUGCAGAACCGCCAGAUGGUUCGCUGGGGCACGUUUCGGUGUUUAUGCCCACGUGUGGUACACUAAUCCCUGUACCAACCGUCAUCUAUCUAUAAGACCAGACAUGGACACGGUCGUUGUCGAGACGAUCCGUCAUUUGGCCUUGGUGGACGAUCUCGCACCCGACUUCGUUGGCCUCUGGACGCCAACAUCAGAGGAUUACCGACGUGAAUUGCGCGCUUCACCAGGCGGCAAGUUGACUGAACUGCACAUUGACUGCUUAGAUCCCUUUUCUCUCGUUUCAGCUGAAGUGUCCUCAUUAUCAAAGCACAUGCGCAAUCUCGUGCGAAUCGAGGUGCCUGUUCUCGGGGAGGCGGCGACGCACCUUUUUGCAGGGAGUAAUGGUGGUAACAGUGGCGGUAAGAAAAUCCGUGCGACGAUGGUCCUACUUACCGCACGAGCGUUACGCAAACAAGGAAGUAGCAACAUGCGCCAACGUAAACUCGCAGAAAUUAUCGAAAUCGUUCACACUGCGAGCCUCUUUCACGACGAUGUCAUCGAUGGUGCCGAUACGCGACGCGGGUGCCCAUCAGUGUCAGCAAAAUUUGGCGAUAAGGUUGCUAUCCUGGCGGGCGACUUUCUUCUCGCGCGUGCCUGCGUGGCUCUUGCAAAACUUGAGAAUCUUGCCGUCGUCGAACUUAUAUCUGUUGUUAUUGAGCAUCUUGUCCGCGGCGAAAUUAUACAGAUGCGACCGGAAAGUGGUACAUCGGAUACGCACGCCCUGCUUGAAGCAUACCUGCAGAAAACCUUCUACAAGACAGGCAGUCUCAUGGCCAAUGCAUGCCGAGCGGCAGCUCUGCUUGAGGACGAGACUCAGGCUAACUGUGAUGCUGCUUUUGCAUAUGGGCGCCAUGUUGGCCUUGCGUUCCAGCUCGUCGAUGACAUACUUGAUUUUGAGGCAUCUGACCUGGAACUCGGCAAACCAGCUCUCGCAGACCUCCAGAUGGGUCUCGUGACGGCAUUUGCCUGU